CGCUGAUAUAUCGGCUCAAUCUUUUGCCGUACUCAGGCUGACUUCCAUGGCUUGCGUCGGACUCCUGUAGGUUCUAUCGGAUGUGUCUCGGCACUGCGCUGUACCGUGGUUACGUCGUAAAAUCUCUGCAUUUUAGAUGCAGUACCGUUUUCCCCCAUGCUGUGCUCUAAUAAAUGCACGCACUCCGGACUGACCACGUUUCUUAUUACAAUGCAUGGAGGCAGUGGAUCACUGCGAUUGAAGCGACUUAUUGCAGUAUCCCUCGUUCUUCGUCGCCGCGGAAGUACCCGGAGAGGCAAUCUGGCUUAGAUACAGGUGCGCAGCGAAGUGCGCUACAGUGUCUUCGAGUCGGGUGGGGGUGUCAAAAUGCAAGAAGUGCAAAACAAGUGUCAAGUCCACGGCAUGUCCACUGCAAAUAUUGGCACUUGUGGCAACGAUGGCAUGUAAUGACCCGCAAAGCUGUCGUGCAUGUGGCUGUUACCGUGACGAUUUGCGACCACAGAUUUGAAAUGCAUAGGAUGCAUAAAAGGGCUGCGAAGCUCAGGCUUCUUCCUCCUCUGCUAUUGGAGACGUUCAAUAUGCCUGAGUCGAGAGACAUCAUGGCGAUGCUCAUCGGAGCAAGUUUUGUGGAAACAUGUCUGUACCUUUCGGCCUCGGGUGAGUCUGAAGCAACUUAUCCGUUAGAAAAUCAUGUGCAAAUCCACGAAAAUACUAAAGCGCUAGUGUUGUAUGACUAUCUCCUCACCGCUGGCGACGAGUACUGUUACAUGUGGAAAUCGGAGUUAUCUUUCGCAUCGGCGCUGUUUUUCGCAUUCAGAUACUGUGCAGUAUUUGAUAUCGCCGUUGCGGUUCUAUCGUUGUUGACACUUUCGAGUUGGCCUGCGCAAUUGGUGAGUGACAUACAUCCGCUCCGAAUCCUCGUUACGUAAUGUGAUAUAUGACCAGCAGAGGUAAAGUGGCAAUGACGUCUAUAGUUCAGAGAUACUUCAAUAGGCUCAACAUGCCGUCAGCUGUGCCG